UUAUACUCUAAUACAUGUCUAAUUACUUAAGAAUUUUCUUAGGCUAUUGAGCCACCACCCUCGAUGGUAAUAACUUUUUGUCUUUUAAAAAGUAUGAUACAUGAUAUAAAAGUAAAAAUAGUUAUAUAUAUAUAAAGAGCUUCCUCUAUAUAUAUUUCAUACAUCUCGAUCUCUCUUGAAUCUUGAUAUACUUUGUGUUUUGUGAUAAGAAAAUGGGUCUCAAGCUUUAUGGAAUUCCCGUGUCCACAAACACCACUCGCGCGUUGGUGUGCCUCCACGAGAAAGGUGUAGAUUUUGAGCUGGUUCCGGUUAACCUUUUCGGCGGAGAAAACAGGCAGCCUUCUUUUCUCGCUAAGAAUCCCUUUGGCCUGAUUCCUGUGCUAGAAGAUGGUGAUUUCACUAUUUUCGAAUCCAGGGCAAUUACAUCAUAUGUAGCAGAGAAAUUCAAGGAAACUGGCCCUGAUCUGAUAAGGCACCAAAACCCAAAAGAAGCUGCAUUAGUGAAGGUGUGGAUAGAGGUAGAAUCCCAGAAUUUUCAGCCUGCAAUCUCUCCCAUUGUCUACCAAUCUUUGGUGGCUCCUCUGCUUGGGAACACACCCGACCAGGCAGUCAUUGACACCAACUUGGAAAAGCUUGGAAAAGUGCUUGAUGUUUAUGAGUCAAAGCUGAGCAGCACCAAGUACCUGGCUGGUGAUUUCUUUAGCCUGGCUGAUCUCCACAACUUUCCUUACAUUUUUUAUUUCAUGAAGACUCCAUGGGCUUCUCUGGUCAAUGAUCGUCCCCAUGUUAAGGCAUGGUGGGAGGACAUUUCUUCUAGGUCUGCUUUCAAGAAAGUGGCUGAGGGUAUGACUUUUGGUGAGAAGAAAUGAUAAAGUUUUUAGGGUUUCUAUUUCCAACAUCUUGGAAAAACUUAUUUUGUGCUGCUUGUUAUCUGUUUGAAUUAUAAAAAUUAUUAU